GUGAACAGCGGCUGACUGAGGGAUCAAGAAUGGAAGGCAGGGAAUGUGUCCUGUUGGACAGUGUACAAGUCCUGUUUGUGGUUUCUAAAACAAAAGGUCCGGUCUUCCUUUGACUCAAUGGAUGCCGAAAAGUCUUAUGAUCAAUUUUCCAUGUCAAACAGGCCUCUCCCAUACUGCACCUGCCCGCUGAUUUUUCCAUCAAAAGGCGACGCACGGUCACCACUCUUUUUUUUCCUUUUCAUUUUGAAUAACAUGCCCAAUAUUUUCAUAAGGCUGCUGUGUGUUCCUGUCUGACCCUGACCGGUUUGUUCUGGUGCUCUUAUCUCCAAUAAUAAUAGCCUCAGCUGACAGCUCAUGUGUAAGCAGCAUUCUUUCAUCCUCACAUGACAGCCGUGUCACUCGCUGUCUGUCUUUCUCUCUGUCUGUCUGUCUUCAUCUAUCUCUGCUCUGGUCUCACCCUCUCUAAAUUUCCCUCCCAUUCUGUAUCUUCCUUCUCUAAAUCUGCUGUCUCCCCUCUCUGUCUCUUAAUACUGUCUCUCUUGAGUGUCCUGAUUACUGUCCUCUGCUGCUAUAAAUUAAUCUGGUUAUCUUUCCUACAUUAUCUCUGUAAUCUUUUAUAAAUCCCUCUCUACCUUUCUUUAUCUUUACCUAUCUGCCUUUCUUUCUAUUCUGUCUCUAUCUAACAAUGUCUAAUCUUCCUUCACUCUCUACCCCUCUCCUUUAAAAAAAUGCAUGCUUUCUCUACCUCUCUUCCUAAAUCUCUCUUUACCUAUAGAUCUCUCUCUAUCUCAACCUCUUUCUUUGUUUUUGAUCCUUUUUCUCCCUGCCAUACUCUACCUCUCUUCGUAAUGUCUUGUAGUGUCUUAGGCUUCUCACUGUACACCUCCCCAUCCCUCCUGUCUGUCUUUGUCUCUCACCAUGUCUCUUCUGCCUCCUUUUGCCUGCCUGUUUCACCUAUCUUUUUGCUUCCUCUUGGGCCUGUCUCUUUUUAUCCAGGUUUUCUCUGUCUGUGCUCUUCUUUUGCCUCACCUUCUCUUGUCUGUCCGUCCAUCUGCCUCAUUAUCAUGUCCAUAAACUUGCCAUCACACAGAAACACACAGACACACACUCCUGCUGUCUUAUGACACCCUGACAUUGAAUCUUUGGAUUGGAUCGUUUGCUCAACUUUCUCAAUUCAUAUAUGUGGAUUUACUGAAGCAGUGACAUUUGUUUCAAGUGAGCUCUUACAAAACCACAAGAUAAUGCAUAGAGAAAUGUAACAGGGGUCAGUGCGUUGUGUGUGAGUGUUGCCUGGGCCAAUGUCAGUAUUUUUGGUGCAUUCUGCAUCGUUAGAGCUUUUCCAGCUACUGUGUGACUUCUAUCACAUGAUGGCGGGGUUGUUGUUUUUUUUUCGUCAACUCAGAGGAAUUUAUUUUAGAGAGAUCAAAAGCAGGAGGAACGCACAGAGGGUCAGAGAGAAUGAGGAAUAGAGAAAGAGUUAAUAAUGAAGAAAAGAGGGGGGUUAAAUGCAAGAAAAGAGAGAAGAAAAGCUAGAAAAGAAGACAAAUCUGGUCCAGGAAAGAAAUAGAUGUAUUACAGGAGAAAAAGAAAGCUGCAGGAAUUAGAAGGAUGAAGUUGGAGUGGUGGAGGGAGGGAGGGAAUGAUUGCAGUGCUGCUCGAUCACGAGUUCCAGAAAGAGUCAUAUGACUGGCAGUCACAUGCUGCUGGCCUCUGUGUACACACCUCACAUUGCACUGCAGCAGACACGGACACACACCCAUGUACACACUCAAACACUCGCUCAGAAUCAGCGUGGCUUCAUUAGCGUGUGUGUGUGUGUGCUACAAAAUCACUCAUUAAUGAGAGAGAAUAAACAAUGUAUGCAGCAAGUUGCAUACAUGUCUACAGUGUUUACUAAUGUACUUUAAUAAAGCAGAAUGAAGCAAAACCAAUCUUUCUUCAUCUGCCUGUUUUCUAUCUCUCUCAUCUCAUUCUGUUUCUCUUUGUCGUCCUCUUAUUUUUCCCUUCAUUUCUCUUUCUCUCUUACAUUAGAAGUGACAGUGGUGUCAAGUGAGCCAUUACCAGAGCCUAGCUAAAAAAAAAAACAACACACACACACCCUCCCCCUACACUCCCCACCCUCCCAAAUGCAUUCCUCUUGAAUAGGCUGCCAAGUUAAGAAGGCACAUGACACAGGCUGAUAGAGCUCACAUUGCUUUUAGUUUGCUGUUUACAAGAGUGCCUCUCGAUUUAGAUUUCCAUGGGUUUUGACGUGAACAGUUCAUCUUCAUUUAUGUUUUUACAUUGAAAGGUUUACUUUAUAUGGGCCAGUGACUUUUUAUUUUUAGGACUUGUUAAAAUGUCGGGGCAUCAGGGUGAAAUUAGACAGAGAAUGUGAGUUUUUAUAGGUGAAUUGUGCUCUGUUGGUUUCUCUCAUUACGGUUAUGUUAGCAAAGGCCUCCAUAACUGAAAACCCACUGCAAUAAAAUCGUCUUGACUUUGUUAUCUAUUCCCACGUGUAUGCGCUAUUCCCACAUUAAUGGGCAGAAACCUUUUUAACAACUAAACACAAAUGUCUGCAUCUGUCUUGGUGAUGUUCAUGUACCUGUGCACAAAAUAGCUAAGGGUUCCAGCUCAUUCUUGUUUUUGCACAUUCUUUUUGUUUUGUUAUUUAGUCCCUAAUUAUUUACAAGGAUGACAAGUAAAUAAAAACCAAAAAGUUUAGGCAUUGCUGCAGAAUGUACUUAGUCAAAAGGAGAGCAUUUUUGUGGGCUUCUCUAUAUUUGAAAGGAAAAGGAAAAAACUUGACUUGGCUGAUGAAAUGAUGCAAGUGGCUGGUAUGCUUUGUACUCUCAGUUGAUGUUUUCAGAUGCUGCCAAAGUUUGUUUACAUCCUUAAUGGCUGCAAAGAAAGCGAGCACAGAGGGCCAGGUGAAGAUGUUUGGGAAAUGCUGCCAGCUCCGGCCUACAGGAGGCAGCAGCAGUUCCCUGGACAGCUCCUCCUCAUGCACCUCCGAAACCAAGGAGCAGGGCCUGCGCUUCCAGGGUUCAAGGUGUUCGUCCGAUGUGGUAAUGCUGGGAGAAAUGAUGUUUGGCUCUGUGGCUAUGAGCUACAAAGGUUCCACGCUAAAAAUCCACCAGAUUAGAUCGCCACCUCAGCUGAUGCUGAGUAAGGUUUUCACCGCCAGGACAGGAGGCAGUGUGUACGGCAGCCUCAACACGUUACAGGACAGCCUGGAGUUCAUUGGACAGGACAGCAACACCCUAAGGCCUGAUCAAAACACCGGGGCCAGCAGUCUCUUAGGGAACAUAGGAUUUACUCAGCUCUGCAGCCCUCGACGGGCCUUCUCUGAACAGGGCCCUCUGCGCCUCAUCAAGAGCGCAUCUUUCUUUUCAGGCCACAGUCACCCCAUGGACAUGCCUGGCCGAGGGCUUUACGACGAGAGGGACAGCGGCAUCGCCAGGUCAGCUUCUCUGAGCAGCCUGUUGAUCACUCCCUUCCCAUCUCCUGGCUCCUCCCUGACCAGCAGCUGUGCGUCAAGCUACCAGCGCCGAUGGCUCCGCAGCCAAACCACCAGCCUGGAAAACGGCGUCUUCCCCCGAUGGUCAGUCGAGGAGAGCUUCAACAUGUCUGACGAAAGCGGUGGACCAAGCCUCGGCGUGGCUCGGAAGAAAAAGAUUGCCAUCGGGGUCAUCUUCACACUGUCCCCCAACCUUGAGGAGAACAACCGCUUCCAGGACUUCUUUUUUUCCCACUUCCCUCUCUUUGAAAGCCACAUGAACAAACUCAAGAGCGCCAUUGAACAGGCCAUGAAGAUGAGUCGGCGGUCACCUGACGCUAGCCAGAGGGCCUUGGCUUACAGCCGAAUGGUGGACGGCCUCAACGAGUUCAGGAUGACCAUCUGCGACCUCUACACCAUGCCUCGCGUGGCUGAGCCCGUCUGGUUGACUAUGAUGUCUGGAGCGUCGGAGAAGAAUCAGCUCUGCGGCCACUUCAUGAGGGAGCUCUCCCUGCUGAUGGAGCAGGCCUCCAAGAACCAAUUCCUCCCUGCAUUAUUGACAGCCAUCCUGACCAAUCAUCUAGCCUGGGUGCCUACCGUCAUGCCCAAUGGGCAGCCUCCAAUCAAGAUCUUCCUUGAGAAACACUCCUCCAAGAGCGUCGACAUGCUGGCAAAGACGCACCCCUACAACCCACUCUGGGCACAGCUAGGCGACCUGUACGGGUCCAUUGGGUCACCGGUGCGGCUGUCGAGGACAGUGGUGGUUGGCCGUAGACAGGAGCUGGUCCAGAGACUCCUCUAUGUCCUCACCUACUUCAUCCGCUGCUCCGAGCUGCUGGAGACCCACAUGCUGGACAGCGCUGAGGAUGAGGCCAUUGUCAUGCCUGGUUCCCUCAUCACCACCUCCCUAAGGAAAGGAGAGGUGGAGGAGUCGGACUAUGUUCUGGUUACUGUCCACAAACCCAACGGGGACUACUUGUCCCAAGGGGCCCACGGCCGGCAGACUGAGGCAGAGGACAGCAGCUACCCUUCAGACAACAGCCUCCAGAGCAGCACAUACACAGACACAGAGGUGGAGCACGGCACCGGGGACACACCCAAGGAGGAAGAUGAGGAUGAGGCGGAUGAGGAAGACGAGGAGGACAGCAGUGAGAGUCAAGGGUCCAGGAGCAGUGUGCUUCAGACAGGACACAGCCAGGGUAACGACCCCGUUAUCAGGACUGCAGAAGCAGCUGAACCCGGGGAGCUGUGCAGGGAGUCUUGCAGCCCACUGGCCACAGAGGCCCGACUGGAGACAGUGCUGCGUGUUUGCUCAGACUCCCCCCGGGAGCAGGUCUGUGUGCUGGAUACAGAGACCAAAGGCGACCUAAAACUUAUUGUCCCAUCCAUACACACAACCCUUGCAUCAAGUCCAUCCCUAACUCCUGUCACCACAGAGGGUAAAAGCUGGGAGGCUGGGAUGGAUGCAGGCAUUGGGAACCAGCCCACCAGAGUGCUGGCUCCUCGGCCUUUGGGGAUCCCUCUAGAGAAGAAGCCUCCUGAUAAGAACCUGGCUGCUGCAGUACCGGUGAUACCAGGAAACCCAGUGACGGGGCCCAUGGCUUUGACUCUAACAGAAGGGGAGGAGCCGGCAACAAAAGUCACUUUCCUCAUUGGAGACUCCAUGUCUCCUGAGUCGGACACAGAGAGCCGCAGAAGGAAGGUGGAGGAGGAAUUCAAAAAGCACAAGAAACAACUCAAAGACAAACAUCUGCUUCACCAGCAGCUGCAGCUGUUGCUCCAUCAGCAACAACAGCAUCAUCAAGGGCAACAUUAUCAACAGCAACCGCAGCAGCUGCAGAGAGGAGCAGAUACAAAGACCAGCAACACCGGUACAUCAGAGGACCAAACCAAACAGACCAAGGCGGCUCCAGCCCUGCAGCGGGUGUCCAGUAAGAUACCCCAGUGGAGCCCAAACUGUAUGGACGAUUUUAAUGAGUAUCAGUUCAGACUGGAGAACCGUGUGGAGACUAGGACUAUAGACGAUGUGGCCAAACGACAGGAGGCCAGCAGCACAGACAGUAUCCACAAAGACUUGCUGGACCCCUCGGGAGUCCCCCGGCCUGGUGACUUGGGGGGUCACAGCUUUCAGGGUGCAGUCAGGGGUCAGGGUUUGGGUCUCUGUUUAGGUUCAGGUAGUGGAGAGGUAGGCUCUAGCAGAAAGAGAGAUACUUUGUUGGAUGUCCAGGCGAGGUGCAGGUGUGGGUCUACAGAUUCCUCCGACACCUGCUACUGCAGGGGCUGUUCUGCUGCGCAGGACAAGGGUCUUCUGUUGUCUGUUCCCGUCCCCCAGGAUGGAAGCAGCAACAGCAAAGAGGACCAAAAGUGCAAAGCCGUGCCCGUUAAUGACUGGGAGAUACCGCGCAACGAGAGCUCAGACAGCGCGCUGGGGGACAGUGAGAGUGAGGAGACAGAGGACUGGCAGGAGGAAGUGCUGGUGCCCUUCCCUGGGUCAAAGUUGGUGGAGAACUUCUCAAAGCCAAGCAUUGCCAAUUUUGGCCGGUCUCUGUUUGGAGGCUACUGCCCCACCUACGUGCCAGACUUUGUACUGCAUGGGUUGCCCAGUGACGAGAAGCUACGGCAGAGCCUCAUGGCUGAAUUAACCCAUGCUGUUCAGCAUCCAGUAUUGGAUGAGCCCAUAGCAGAGGCCGUCUGCAUUAUAGCAGACACAGACAAGUGGACAGUGCAGGUGGCCAGCAGUCAGAGACGAGCCACAGACGUCAACAAGCUGGGGAAGGAAGUCCUGGUGUCCAGCCUGGUUUCCAGCUUAUUGCAGUCCACUCACCAGCUCUACAAACUCAACCUCUCACCCAACUUUUGUAUAAUGCACCUUGAGGACCGCCUGCAGGAAAUCUACUUUAAGAGUAAGAUGCUUGCUGAGUAUUUGAAGGGCCAGACAAGAGUCCAUGUGAAAGAACUGGGCAUGGUCUUAGGAAUCGAGUCCAGCGACCUUCCCCUGUUGGCCGCAGUGGCCAGCACUCACUCCCCCUAUGUGGCCCAGAUCCUGUUAUGAGACCGUAAUAGCAGUGAGGUCCCAUGCAGGGAACUGCCUGAGGAAACCAGUCAGACCUGGGUGGUGCCACUCUGGCCCCAAAAACGGCCGUCCAUGCUCCACAGCUGACCCCCGACAUGUGGGCUAAGUGGGAUCUUUGCUUGAGCUGAGCCUGAGCAGUGCACGUCUUCAUGGACCACAGCCACAGCCAGCGCCUCCCCUCACUACCACUGCUGCUGAAUUUGUUGCAAUGCUGAUGUUGCACCACAGGGGGGAACUAGAGACCACAGUCCCAUAGAUUGAGUGAGGAUCUGAGGAUGACUGAAGCAUGCCUGAAAUGACCUUCUCCUGUUGUUUGAAUGUUUCUUUUAAAACAGGACUUUUUUUUUUGGACACAGAAGCCAAAGACUUUAUUAAUUUUUCCAUUUGAGAAUGAAACUUUAAUAUAUCUACAGUAUAAUAACAAAGGAUUUUGUUUCUUCUACUGCUUUUUUUCUCUGUACAAUCUUAAACCCAGUCGUACCAAGUGAAGGACUACAAGUUUAAAGGAAACAGAUGGAUGUUUUUAAACAUUACUUUGAGGUAAAUAUCAUUAAGAACAUUAUCAAUCUCUUGCCAAUUAUGUUAUUUUGUUUAUCUUCAUGUAUUUGUUUACAAGCCAAAUUUCCCUGAGAUAUCUCAAUGACAACUUUUUAUUUUUUCAUCAAAUUGCAAUGCAUACCUGAUUUUAAAAGCCUAUUUUCUGGCCAUGUGGGGGUAAUCGAUGCACAUCGUGAUUUAUUGUUCUACAAACUGGUUUUGAAAUGGCUAAAAGUGGCUUUGACAUUCUAUCAAAGGUACAUCACUACCUCAGAUCUUCAUAUGGGCAGUGGAUGACACACAUUUACAAUUGCCCCAUAGAAAACCCUGAGGUAUACUUUUUAAGCUAUUUUAAUCAGAGGAAUGUCAGCGUCAACUGUGUGCAGACUCUAUGCUGUGUUCUUUGAAAAAGGGAAGGCUGUUAAAUUCCUUAGGAUGAUCGUUACACAAAAAAAAUGGAAGAAAAACAUAUUUUAGCCUCAGAAUGUGAUUAAGAGGAGAAGGGUCCCUUUCUACUGUGGAAAAGCUAAAACAUGCAUCAUCUACAUAUAUUUUAAAACCAAAAUGCUGAAAUAUUUUCACACUUUUAUAGCUUCCCCACCUUUUAUACGAUGUUUACGGCUUCGAUGUUUGCUGCAGAGAGAACGGAGCAGAGUAACACAGUAGGCCUUAUAGUGGAUUAAAAUAUGUAUCAGUUAACACUAUUUUCAAACAUGUUUCUAUGACAGUUAUAUACUCACAAAAACACGCAAAAUACAAAACUAUAGUAGCACAGUUUUUUCUUUUGUUUUCUCUUUGAUUUUCCAUGACAUUGACAGUAAAAUGAUUUUGGUUUUGCCAUUUAACCGGGGUGCGAUUUACUGAGCGUAAUGUGGAGCUCCAGAUGCUUUCACAGCUUGUUUUUGGAUUCUCUCCAGGGCAUAAAGUGCAACCUACAGCAGGGCUGAUGGGACAUUAUUUCAUUGUUUUCAUUAUUGCUUUUGUUGUCAUCAGUUGACAGGAUUGUAAAUUAAUCUAUAUUUUCUUUGUUUGAUCGCAGAUAAAAUAGGGUGAGUUAAAAAUUCCCCAAUCAGUGUAAACAGUCAAAAGCAGAGAAGAACUCCUGAUAUUUACCUUGAUGUCGAGGGAAUUGCAGGCAGAGGGACAAAGUUUAAUUUGGUCAGCAGCUAGCUCGGUAAAAACGCACCUGAGUGAUUUCUGGAAAGUAACUUUCCUAAAUGUCUAAAAAUCUUACUUAAAGAUUGGAAUGUGUCUCAGGCUUCUCAAACACUGUUUGUAACAGAGCUUGUUGAUGUGCUUUAGGUUCACAGUAUGUUGAACUGUAUGCUGAGAAUGGCUUAUAUUGCUAGAAAAAGCAGGAAUAACUGGCAGUGUAGCCCUAAGAGCAGUGUUUUGUUUCUUUCUAUAAACUCAAAUCGCACCCUGUAUAUGACACAAGUCUUAAUGGAGAUGUGGCAUGAAUGCAUCACAGGCUUCUGGAGAGCUCAUUUUGCUGGUAAAAUUUAUAUAUACAUGCUUGUUACUGUAUUGAAGAUGCUCCGCUGUAUCAGCCUACAUUUUGUACAACCCAGCCAUUAUGUUUAAAAGGUAUGAAUUUAUAUCUGCUUUUCCCUCUUUGUAUAUAAAUAAAUUAUUCAGUUGCCCAUGGUAUGUGUAACGGUUCAUGUAAACUGUACAAACUCGGUUUAUUUCCAUGUAUUUGUACAGAAUGUCUUUUAAGAAUUGUCUCCUCAAAUUAUUUUUUCCCAAUUUUAUGGGAAUGUUGUGCAAUAAAGAUGCCGAUGUUAAGAAUU